AUGACAACUAAGAAUAUUGCAGUUGGAACAGGUAACAAUGCAACGGCACUGCCGUUCCGUUACCAGUUUGCUGCUGGGGCUGUUGCUGGGAUAUCGGAGAUUUUGGUAAUGUACCCGCUUGAUGUAGUCAAGACACGGAUCCAACUUCAGCAUGGCAAAGUCGUUGAUGGUGAAGGGUACAAUGGUGUCUUGGACUGCUUCAAAAAGAUUAUCAGGAAUGAGGGUGUGUUAAGAUUAUAUCGCGGUAUUACUGCGCCUAUACUGAUGGAGGUACCCAAGCGUGCCAUCAAGUUCUCAGCGAACGACACUUUCACACAGUUUUAUCAACACCUGUUCUCUACUCCGACAGUAACCCAACCUCUCGCAGUCCUCACAGGUGCCAGCGCCGGCGCAACAGAAUCCCUCGUAGUUGUUCCUUUCGAGCUCCUCAAGAUUCGACUACAGGAUAAGACCUCUGCAUCACGAUACAACGGCCUCCUCGACUGUCUCGUCAAAGUAGUUCGCCAAGAGGGGCCAUUAGCACUAUACAACGGUUUCGAAGCCACGUUAUGGCGGCAUAUUGUAUGGAACGCCGGGUAUUUUGGCUGCAUUUUCCAGGUGCGGGCUCAGCUACCCGCUCCAGCGACAUCGAGCAACCCGAGAAGACAGAAAAUGGGGAACGAUCUCAUCGCCGGAUUUGUGGGAGGUGUUGUGGGAACGACAUUCAACACGCCAUUAGAUGUAGUCAAGAGUCGAAUACAGAGCGUCGCUAAAACACCUGGUGUAAGGCAGAAGUACGCUUGGGCGUGGCCGAGCCUGGGGGUCGUUGCAAGAGAAGAAGGGUUCAGAGCGUUAUACAAGGGAUACGUGGCGAAAAUACUCAGAUUUGGACCAGGUGGAGGUGUAUUGCUGGUCGUGUAUUCUGCAGUGUUGGAUAUGUUCGCCAAAACAGCAUAA